GCCUCUUGGGGACGAUGGGGUUCUCUCUCUCUCUCUCUCUCUCUGUUUCCUUAUAAAUUAUUUAUUACAUUCAAAAGGUUCAGUCAGCCACAGUCUCAGGGAAAAUAAUUAAGCUCUGCAAAUUACAGCAAAGGACCAUCCAACUCUUUCAAAGCUGCUUUCUUGGCAGUAAAAGAUAUUUAUUAUUUGUGUAAAUGUUGAAUGUUUCCCAAAUUUCAUGAGUUUUGUCUCUGAAAGCCAGUCGCUCAGCGUUGGAUGACGUGUGGCUGAGAAAGAAGGCAAACGUUGCAACGUGGAACAUUUUUGAUUUUCAGUUUGAUCUGGAUGUGGAGCUUAGUGAGUGAAGAAGUGGAGGCUGUAAAUAAAUAAAUCUCUUCUGGCAGAAAGCGCUCCAUUCGGUCAGUAGUUCUUUUCUUUUUGAAACUCUUGAUCCCAGAAAAAGACGGUCUGUCUGUCUGCAUGGAGGAGGAACUGGACUGACCCGUUUUAUUCCUAUUUAAAGACGGACGGAGACGGAUCCGGUUCACUGCAAGCCUCCAGAUUCAUCCUGCAGCCAACAUGGCAGAGAGUCUGUUUCCGAGUUUAACCAAAGUCUUGAGGAAAGAACUGGGACCGUCGGUGAGGAGUAACUGGGACUACAACUUCAACUGGCCUCUGCUGACCGUGGUCAAGAUUAAAACCAAGAAGUUCGGUCUGUUUGAUUCAAACGGCAGAUAUAAACCACUGAGACUUAAACUGACCGAUCUUACCAAGGAAAACCUCUCCCUGGAGCCUCACCCUAAAACUCACAUGAAGGAUUACGAGAGUCUCUGGCGCCGUGUUCAGGGCGUGGUGGUAGAAGAACGACUUAAUGAAGUCACAGGUCGAGUCGGGGUCAAACGGGACUCUACGGACGCAAUGUGCCCGAUGACCAUCGUGAAAGAGUUUGUCAGAGACGAGGACUUGGCAAAGCUACGGUACCAGACAAUCAAACUGGAGCAGAGCUUUGUGGACGACCUGAACAUGAAGACAGGAGAGAAACUGGCUUUUGUGGUGCAGAGAUUCUACAACGAGGAUGAGGUCCGGGUUCUGGGCAAGGCGUCCUCUGGAGGGAAAUUUGGAGCAACAGCAUUUAGCUUCAUCAGCGUCUCUAUGAAGUCUCAGGUGUCUGGAAUCAAAACCUUCAUCAUCCCACAAAAUAAAACUUUUGGUUUUGUUCUCCAAAAGAUGAUGCUGGAUGGAAAUACUCUGAGGUUUGGUCUUGUGAUGUUCGCAGCUAUCCAACUCAUGAAGAGGCAAAUCAGCAAACUGACGACGUUGGCACAGGACAUGAUUGGCAUUCUGGAGGGGAAGGUGGAUGUGUGGGAGUCGCUGGCCGGCUGCGGUCACCUGCUGCCGAAGCUCACUGCGGUUCUGGAGGAAGGAUGUUCUCUGAUUCAGCUGGAGGAGGCACUGGAUCUGAUCCCUGAUGGAGGAUCUCAGCCUGAAGGAGCCGCAGCUUCGUUCACGGAUCUGGUUUCAGCUGCUGCCAGAGAGCAGACCGAAGCUCUUCAGCUGCUGGUCUGCGCUUUGGCCGAUCUACCAGAGAAUAUUCCAGCUGCUUUGAUCAAAUCCGGUCCGGAAACUCUGGACCGGAUCAUGAAGAUAAUGGAGCAUCUCAAGACGGGCGCUGUUGAAGUUCCAGAGUCCCUGGUGCGCCCCCUGCUGGAGACGGAGGAGCUGUGCUGGGUGGGAUCCUUCCUGAAGUCAGGAAGUUACAUGGAAGAUCCUGGAACUGCUGAGGUCGAUCAUCCUCCCGCCCAGCUGGAGGCGCUGUACAUCAGCGUGAGAGGAAUCAGCGUGAUGCUGCAGGCCACGUAGAUGAAAGUUUCUGUUCCCACUGAGAACAAGAAGAAAAAUCAUUUAAUCUGCAGCAAACAUGACGAUUCAGGAAAAAUCAACCCAAAUGUUUCCAACACGUUUCCUGCGUCUGUCUGAUCAUUUCUCCAUAAUUCAAAAAAUAUUCCAUAAAAAUGUCUCCAGAGGAAUAAAAUCCUGAUUCCCAAUAAAACUAUUUGCUUCAUGA